AUCAUGAAAUCCUAGUUAUUUUUAAAAUACAUCAUACAAAUACAUAACUAAUAACAUUAAAAUAUUUGUCAUCUGUGUCUCUCAAAUAUUAUCACAUUUAGAUACUCCCAGACUAUAAAGAACUAUUAUAAUCCCUGUAUAUCUUAUAUUAUAUUCUCCUAUUAUAUCCCAAUAUGUUCUUAUUUUGUCACAAUAUAGAAAACUCAAGCUCAGUUAAAUAACUUAACUUUGGUCUCAUAGCAGGUACGUAGCAUCACCACACUCCAAAUCCAAGCCAGGCUAAUCGCAAAGUCUGUGCUCCUACUUUACUGACAUCAAAAAGUGCUCAGCAGAGUAAAUUAAAAUCAGAACUUGAGAGAUCCUACUCUAACAGGGCCACAGACUUACCUCUUGGUGUGAUUGUGUGCAGGGGUAGGUGCGUGUGGUUGAGGAAAACUUACAAGGGAAUGACAGCACUAUGAGCUUUCUAAUUUUAAGUGUUUAUUUUCAAAAGUAUCAUAUCUACAAAGAAGUUGAAAAAGUAGCGCAGUGAACGCUCCCUACCCUGUGUUCAGGAAUGGUUACCAUUUACAUUUGUUUAAUUUUCACUGUGUGUGUGUGCGCGAGCACACGCAUGCACGCAUACACGCAUACACGCAUAUGUAUGUAGUUUGGUUGGAAUCAUUUGAAAAUAAGCUGCAGAUAUUAGAAUCAGUUCAUUCCUAAAUACUUUAGCAUGUGUUCACUAAGAACAAAGACAUUCUCCUACAUAAUUACAAUACCAUCACCAUAUCCAAGAAAGUAAUAAAUACGCUAAUAUUAUCUACUGUAACAGCCCAUUUUCAAAAUUUCAUGACUGCCCCCAUAUUGUCCCUUACAGCUGUUUUCUUUUUUCCAGGAUCUAAGAUCGCUUGUUGCACUUGGUUGUCAGUUCUUGAUCUCCUUUUAUCUAGAACAGUCCUUCUACCUCUUGUUUUUCAUUCAUUGUCAUUUUUGAAAAUUUCGGACCAGUUUUCAUGAGUCGUUGAUACAGGUUAAUUUGCCCUUUUUCUGCACAUUCUUUCAGAAUUACUUGAGAAAAAGUUACAUAGACUUCUCAGCAAACAGCAAAUAUCCUUAAAGUUCUGAAUAGAUUACAUGAUAUAAAAUCCUGACUAUGAUAUAUAUUUUAGCAGCCAAAUCAACUAUCAGUUGGCCAAGAGAAGUAGCCUUGAUCUGUGGUAGGUACACCCAAUAUCCCCCAAAUCCUCCAUCUGGACUUGAACAAAUCCAGAUUCAUUUGGAUUUCCUUAAGCUGAUUUAAAAUGAACAUAAUGCUGCUUUACCUUGUCUUCUGUCAUUUUAUCGGUUAGGAGUCCUCCUCUUAACUCCACGUCCUGUGAUGAGUGUGGCACAUGCAGCUGGCCAGCCGCUGCCUUUCUCCAGCUUUCUACUAGUUAUACAUUAGAGGAGGAGGAGCAAGGAAAGGAAGCGGAGUGGUCAUUUUUAUUAAAGUCCAAAUCUAAUCUUGGCAGAGGUUGACUAUUGAGGAGAAUCUAAUCAAUAAAUGCUUUGCCUUCGUGACUUGUAGCUUCAAUGCUUGUGCACCAGCAAAAGGAAAUGGGAGCAGGUCUCUCUGGCGCAAUCUCCUUUGUAAACUGGGCUUUGGCGAGCAAAGUUAGCCCAGAUAGCCACACGGACGUCAGCGCACAGCCAGCACCUGGCUUUCUGCACCAGUUUCAGCUGGUUCUGCACCCGUUUCGGCUGGGGAUGCGCGCUGCCCACUCGUCAGAGCGCCCACGAUCAGGAGAGGAUUUCUUAGCAAACCACUUUCCAAGCGACUUGACACUGCAAGGAGGAGUCUUGGGGCAACCCAACAGGAGACUUCUAGAAGAGGGAGGAGAGGAAACCAGCCCUCCCAGCUUGCUGCAUUCCUCUCACCGGGCAGGCUCAGCACCUUUGUACUCCUCGGGCCCCUGCCUAGAGCACUCUGCCCCAGAUUAGUAUGUGGCUGGCACCUCUACAAUCAGAUGACAGCGCAGACUCUCUAACCAGGCUUGUUCAGGUGGAUGCCACCUCCCUCUUCCAACUCAUUCUCGGUCCUAUUACUCUGCUUUUAUUUUUUCACAGCCCUUAUGCUUGAAAUUUUAUUUACUAGUAUUUUAUAAUUAAAACAAAAUAUUUCAUUAAUAAAAUAAUGAAUAAUAAAUGACAAUAUUAUGUAUUAGAUA